AUGGAUGACUCUGUUAAUGAAUAAGAGAUGCUAAAAACACUUGAAGUUCAUGUUAUUAAUGAGAUAAGCUUAAUCAAAGAUUAGUAGUAAAAGGAUUUUUUAUUGCUAAAAUCAGCAAUUGAAGAAAAUAACAAAAUGAUGAAAGAAUUGAUUUAACAAGAGUUUGGAUAGGCAAAAUUAAUGAUGUUAGAAUAGCCUGCCAAAGAAGUGAAAGUUAAAAUCAAUAAAGGGCCCCUAGCAUUGACUACAGUAGGUAAAUUGAAAGAAAAAUACAAGAACGCUGUAUACAACGAUGGUGUCGUGUGCAAAGGUAAUUAAUUCGUCGGUUGCAAGAACUCAGAUAAGAUUGGUAAUGAUCCUAAUGAAGUUAUUAACCAUUGCUCUUAAUGCAAUUUUGAUUUGUGUCAGAAAUGUUUUGAGCUAAUUGAAAAUAUUCAUGAGCAUCCUCUCGAAAAAGUUACCUACGGUCACCUUUUAGAAACCUAAAAAGAUUCCUACGGUGGAGGAUGGUAAUGUGAUUGCAGAAGUUUCUAAGGAUGCGUUUUAGAUGGCAAGGCCAUUAAAGAUCAAUAUGAAAUUGUUUAUCAUGAUGCUAUUAACUAAUUUAAUUUGUGUGUGUCAUGCGCCAACUCCUACAAAGUUUGA